AUGGACGACGACCCAGACCCCGGUGACCCCGGGCAUGGGGUGCUGGCGAGGGGGCAACAAGAGCUGCAAGAUGGAGGGCAGCAGCUGCCGCAUGGCGGCGGGCAAGUGCAGCUACAGCACGGAGGUACAGCGAGGGCUGCCAGCGUGGGGGCGGUAUCACGAGCUGACGAAGAAGGAACAGCGGUGGUUGGAGAAAGGGCAGCAGUGGUCGCAGAGGUGGCAGAUGGGGCGGCGACCGCUGCACCAGACGAGGUUGCGACUGAAGUUAGGGACAGGGCUUUAGCACGGCCAGCAGGGGCGGUAGAGGCCACAGCUGGGGCAGAGGAGUCUGCUGCAGGAGCGGCAGAGACCGCAGACGGAGUGGCGCGGGCCGCAAGAGAGGCUGGCAGCGAUUGGGACGCUGCAGUCCCACCACAGCCCCAUGACGAGGUCCUCCCUGCCCCCCUUAGGCCCACUCCCAUGCAGCAUUCUCGCGAAUUAAGUGGGGCAGCCAAGGCCCGGGCUUUCCUAGAGGAGCCCUGCUCCCCGAUUAUCAACUCCCAGCCAUUACUACCUCCACUUUCACCAGGUCCGCCCUCACCGGCAGAUGUGCACAUGUCCGAGGCGCUUGGGCCCCACUCUAACCGCCCCCCACAACAACCAGACCGCAACUCUCCAAGCCAACGCAGGUCGACGACGGAAGGGGAGAGCCAGAGGCGGGGAGGGCUUAAGUUCCACACCCCCACCUACGUUUCACCUGCAGCUCUACUUCCCGCCCCCUCUGCCCAACCUGCUCCAGGCGAUCCUCACAUGGGCUCAUCACCCAGCAAUCCCCCCCCAGAUGAACCCUCGCCUUUGCAGGCACACGGUGGAGGUUUCACCGGCGCAAUCCUUCCCCACCAACAUCUGGUUGCCGCUCAGGAUGACGCCCUCCCCACUAAAAUGGAGGUAGUUGGAGUUGGGGUUGACAGAAUGACGGGUGAGGAUGAGGCUGCACUUAUCUCUCAUACCCCCCUUCCCACCACUGCGUGCAGCCCCACCCUGCUCCCGACAGCUCAGCUGAGAGGGCUGGAGGGUGAGUUAAGGCCGGUGCGACAACCACAUGCAACCCAGCCACAUGGGCCGGCGGUGCUUCACUUUUCUCUCACUGGACCAGGUCACCCUCCCUCCCUCACAGACCUGGAGGCGUCGAAGCCCUCAUCGGGCUUGAGGGCGGCUGUAUCUGACUUGCUGGCGAUACGGAACACUGGCAUACCCCUCCCUACUCCCACUCCCCCGGCCCCAGUGGUACACGCCCACGAAGCCCCCCUCAUGGACCUCCCUCUUGCGGCCCCCAUCCUACAGGAACCCUUCCACCCUUCUCCGAUGGAGACCGAUCUGAUCUUUAGACCGGUCCUUGGUGGGUAUCUAGACAUCCUCUUCGCCAUCUUAGCACGAGUCUCCCAGGAUCCAGAGGCACCAGGCCCUACUCUCCUCUUGGCGGCGGCACCGACGCUCCUACUGGCUCCGACGACACCGCCAGAGCGUUCAAACACGGCCGCCAUUGCAGCGCGCAUCAUCCGUUUUGGACGAGGUGAGUGGGACGAGCUCAUCUCUGAGGCCCUACAUCGACGUACUCCCCUUCCUCUACAAGCAGCAUGGCACGCUCGCACCACCACUUUCUCCCCCACACUAGAUGACCGUCGCAUUGCCCGCUGCCUGCGUCUGGCGGCUUGCAAUGAGACCUCGCGGGCCUGCGCGGCCCCGGAGUCGGCAGAGGCGGCACCUGACACGGAGAAUAUUGUGAGGCACUUGCGCGAGCUGGGCCUUGCGGUCCAGCCACACAAGUGUCUCGUCUACGGCAGGGAUUUUGUGACUUCCAGGGAGGUGGAGGCAUUCACGAGUCUGGAGAUCGAGGUCGCUCGCAGAGGACUCACCGUCACGGGAGUGCCGGUGGGCUCUGACGCUUUUGUGGAGAGGAGCCUACCUGAGCGUAUGGAGAGGAUGGGGCGCGUGUUGCCGUGGCUUCCGAGACUGCGCCAGCCCCAGACAGCGGCCCGUCUACUUUCGGCAUGCGUCAGCACGCGACCGCAGUAUCUGGCGAGGACGGUCCCUCCGACCCCGGCUGUACAUGCCAGUUUUGCACGGUGGGAUGAGCGGUUGGGGGAGACCUUUCAGCAGCUUCUGGUGCCUGGGACUUGGACUUGCAGAGAGGACGUUCGUGAGGCUGCCCUGGACAAGAUCUACCUCCCCAUAUGUCUAGGGGGUUUUGGCAUCCGACGCAUGGAGCGUAUCGCCCCGGGCGCAGGUGCAGGCGCGUGGUUGACGGCGGUGCCGUACGCAGACUCGCUGCGCAUCCCAGAGGCGCAGUGGCAGGUGGCCUCAGCUUUCCAUCUCGGCCUCCCUAUCCCCCAACUAGCCCUCGCAGGUCGGUGUUCUUGUGGGCAGGCGAUCGACGACCUGACGGUACCUCACCACGAGGUGCGGUGCUCCCGCUUCGGCGUCGCCACGGUCAUCCACGACACCGUGAAAUACAUGCUUCGGGAAUAUGCUUCUGAGGUAAGUUUCGCGGUGAAGGUGGAGGACACCACUUUGAUUCUGCAUCUGGAUGCAGCUAGAGCGCGACUGCAGGGACUCUCGGGGACGGGGGACGGGGUACCGGGACAGUCAGGGGCACCGUGGGGACAGCAACAGCAGCAGGGUGGGCUCGGUCGAGGGGCUGGUGGGCAGGAGGGCCGAGAGGGGCAGGAUGGGCUGGCUAGUGGGGGAGAGGAGGGGGGACAGCAGCAGCAGCGGCAGCAGCAGCUAGGCCAGCAGGGGCAAGAGGGGCAGACCCGUAGGGGUGAGGAGAGGGGACAGCAUGGACAGCAGCAGCGGGGCCAACAAGGGCAGGAGGGGCUGGCUAGUGGGGGAGAGGAGAGUGGACAGCAGCAGCAGCAGUCGCAGCGGCAGCAGCAGCAGCAGGGGCAGCGGCAGCAGGUUUGUAGGGGAGAGGAGAGAGGGCAAAAGCGGCAGCACCAGGAAGGUCAGCAGGGUCAACAGGGGCGGCAGCAGGAGGGUCAGCAUGGGGAGCGGCGUGAGGGUCAGCAGGGGCAGCCUGGCUGGGAGGAGGAGAGGAUACAGCAACAGCAGCGACGACAGUAG